ACUGAAACAGCCUGGAAUCCUCCUCGAAUGCUGGACAGGAAAACCCCGCCAACCCCGUCCAGUUCCACACCUGGCGGGACCUAACUCCUGGCGCUGCCUGGAGGUCGUGCCUACUACCGACGCUUGGCAGCGGGUGCAAGGCGGGGUUUCGGCCGCCCUGGCCCUGGCCCUGCCCUACCCGGCCGCACCAGAAGUCAGCGCCAGUAGCCGGGAGAACCCGGAAUCCGGAAGCAUCUAGGCGCCGGGGGCUCCGAAACGGGCUGGAUCCUCCAGGAGGAUGACUGUGGGAAUCUUUGCAGAUUGUACCUUCUGUUUGAAAGUCAAGUCCUUACCUCGGCAACAGAAGAAAAAGCUACAAACUGACAUUACGGAAAAUGGUGGAAAGUUUUCCCUUUUAUUAAAUCCUCAGUGCACACAUAUAAUCUUAGACAAUACUGAUAUUCUGAGUCAGUAUCAACUGAACUCCCUCCAAAAGAACCACAUUCAUAUAGUAAAUCCAGAUUUUAUAUGGGAAUCCGUCAAAGAAAGGAGACUCUUAGAUAUAAAGAGUUAUGAUCCUAAUACACUGGAUGUCACAUCAUAUCUUGAUCAAAAGGCAAGCGGUUCUGAAGAGAAAACAGAUGAUCUAUCCCUGGACCAUGCCUCAGAAAAGGAAAACAUUGUGGAAUUCACUGAGUUUUAUAAAGAAGAUGUUGAAAUUCCUCAUUUUCCUCAAGAGUUUGAAGUUGCAAAAUACAACUCCUUGGAAAAAGUGGGGGAGAACGGAGCACAAGAAACUGUGGUGGUGGAGCUGCAGUGCUUCCAGGACCCAGGGGACUGUCCUUUUCUGAUAUCCUCACACUUUCUCCUAGCCGAUGGCAUACAGACUAGAAGACAGUUCACUGUAAAGAAAAAUUCAGAGGAUGCAAGUGAAUACUACGAAAAUUAUAUCAAAGAGCUGAAGAAACAAGGAUUUCUACUAAGAGAACAUUUUACACCUGAAGCAACCCAAUUAGCAUCUGAAAAAUUGCAAGCACUGCUUUUAGAGGAGGUCAUAGAUUCAAGUUCUGUGAGCUGCGAGGUCAGCGAUUUGGUGGAGCUGAUCUGGGCUGAAGCCCUCGGCCACCUGGACCACAUACUCCUCAAACCAGUGAACAGCAUCAGCCUCAACGAUGUGAGCAAGGCAGAGGGAAUUCUCCUUCUAGUAAAGGCAGCACUGAAAAAUGGAGAGACAGCAGAGCAGUUGAAGAAGACAAUGGCUGAGUUCUACAGAUUGAUACCUCACAAAGGUUCAACACUUGAAGACGUUAACCUGGAACUGUUGACUAAGAAAGAGGACCUGUGCCAGCUAAUCAGAGACAUGGUUAAUGUCUGUGAAACUAACUUGUCCAAAUCCAACCCACCAUCACUUGCCAAGUAUCAGGCUUUAAGAUGCAAAAUUGAGCAUGUUGAACAGAAUACUGAAGAAUUUUUUAGGGUUAAAAAAGAAGUUUUGCAGAAUAAUCACAGUAAAAGUCAACUGGAUAUCUUGAAGAUAUUUAGAGUUGGCAGAGUGAAUGAAACAACAGAAUUUUUGAGCACCCUUGGCAAUGUGAGGCCCUUGCUGCAUGGCUCUUCAGUACGAAAUAUUGUAGGAAUCCUGUCUCGAGGAUUGCUUUUACCCAAAGUAGUUGAAGAUCGUGGUGUGAAAAGAACAGAUAUUGGAAAUCUUGGGAGUGGGAUUUAUUUCAGUGAUUCACUCAGCACAAGUAUUAAAUACUCACACCCAGGAGAGACAGAUGGCACCAGACUUCUGGUCGUCUGUGAUGUAGCUCUCGGAAAGUGUAUGGACUUAUACAAGAAGGACUUUUCCUUAACUGAUGCACCCCCAGGCUAUGACAGUGUGCAUGGAGUUUCAGGAACUGCCUCUGUCACUACAGACUUUGAGGAUGAUGAAUUUGUUGUCUAUAAAACCAGUCAGGUUAAAAUGAAAUAUAUUAUUAAAUUUUGCAUGGCUGGAGAUCAAAUAAAGGACUUUCAUCCUCCUGAUAAUACUGAAUCAGAGGAAUACAGUCCUGAGUUUAAUGAUUUUUUGAAGGUUGAAGAUUACCAGUUACCAGAUGCCAAGCCUUCCAGUGACCUCAAGGCAGGCCUUCAGGAUCUAUCUGGGAGUUUGGUUCCUCUUGAGGAUGUUCACAUCAAGGGGCGAAUAAUAGACUUUGUAGCCCAGGUCAUUGUUUUUCAGACGUACACAAAUCAAAGUAAUGUGCCCAUCGAGGCAAAAUACAUCUUUCCUUUGGAUGAUAAGGCGGCUGUGUGUGGCUUUGAGGCCUUCAUCAACGGGAAGCACAUAGUAGGAGAGAUUAAAGAGAAGGAAGAAGCUCAGCGAGAAUACCGAGAAGCUGUCAGCCACGGCCAUGGUGCUUACCUCAUGGAUCAGGACGCACCGGAUGUUUUUACUGUAAGUGUUGGGAACUUACUGCCUAAGGCUAAAGUCCUCAUCAAAAUUACCUACAUCACGGAGCUCAGCAUCCAAGACACUGCUGCUGUCUUCUUCAUGCACGCUGGAGUGGCGCCCUGGCAACAGGACAAGGCUUUGAAUGAAAACCUGCAGGAUGUAGUAAAGACAAUUUGUAUAAAGGAAGUAGGAACAAAGCAAAGCUUCUCUUUGACUAUGUCUAUUGAGAUGCCAUACGUGAUUGAUUUCAUUUCCAGUGAUACACACGAACUAAAACAAAAGCACACAGACUGCAAAGCUGUAAUCAGCACCGUGGAAGGCAGCUCUUUAGACAGUGGUGGAUUUUCUCUCCACAUCGGUUUGUCUGAUGCCUAUCUCCCAAGAAUGUGGGUUGAAAAACAUCCAGAAAAAGAAAGUGAGGCUUGCAUGCUUGUCUUUCAACCCAACCUUGAUGUCAGCCUCCCUGGCCUCACUGACAAGAAUGAAGUGAUUAUUUGUCUGGACUGUUCCAAUUCCAUGGAGGGUGUGACAUUCUUACAAGCCAAGCAAAUUGCCUUAUAUGCACUAUCCUUGGUGGGAGAGAUGCAAAAAGUAAACAUCAUCCAGUUUGGCACAGGUUACAAGGAGUUAUUUUCAUAUCCUAAGUGUAUCACAAGCAGUAAUGUGCCAACAGAGUUCAUUAUGUCUGCCACACCUACCAUGGGGAACACAGAUUUCUGGAAAACGCUCCGAUAUUUAGGUUUAUUGUACCCUUCCCAAGUGUCACGGAACAUUCUCCUUGUGUCUGAUGGGCAUCUCCAGAAUGAGAGGCUGACGUUGCAGCUUGUGAAGAGAAGCCUCCCUCACACCAGGUUGUUCACCUGCGGUGUUGGUUCUACAGCAAAUCAUCAUGUCUUAAGGACUUUGUCCCAGUGUGGUGCCGGAGUAUUUGAAUAUUUUAACACAAAAUCCAAACAUCGUUGGAAAAAACAGAUAGAAGACCAGAUGACCAGGUUGCAUUCUCCCAGUUGUCAUUCUGUCUCCGUUAAAUGGCAGCAACUUAGUGCAGAUGCACUGGAGCUGUUGCAGGCUCCAGCCCAGGUGCCAUCCUUGUUCCACGGUGACCGACUCCUUGUCUAUGGGUUUAUUCCUCAUUGUAUGCAGGCAACUCUGCAUGCACUAAUUCAAGAGAAAGAAUUUCAUACAAUGGUGUCAACUACUGAGCUUCAGAAGACAACAGGAACUAUAAUUCACAAGUUGACAGCACGUGCUCUAAUCAGAGAUUAUGAAGAUGGCAUUCUUCAUGAAGAUGAAACCAGUCAUGAGAUGAAGAAACAAAUCUUGAAAUCUGUGAUUAUUAAACUCAGUAAAGAAAACUCUCUCAUAACACAAUUCACAAGCUUUGUGGCAGUUGAAAAAAGGGAUGAUAAUGAGUCACCUUUUCCUAAUGUGCCAAAUGUGUCUGAACUUAUUGCCAAAGAAGAUGUGGACCUUCUGCCAUACAUAAGUUGGCAAGGGGAGCACCAAGAUGCUGGCGUGACACAGUUUCUUUCAGCAUCCUCUGAAUGGAAGGAAGAAUUAUGUGUCCGCACAAUUCAAAGUCCAUCUAAAAGAAAACGUAAAAUACUGUCUAUGCGCAAAGUUUCUGAAGAUUUUGAAAGAGUUAGCUUGGAUCGGCAACUAGCAGGACAAGCCUUUCCGCUCAGUUUACAGUGCGAAGUUGUGGGACAGCCGGCCAGUUUGAGGCCUUUUUCGUUUGCAGGCCUUCAUUGUCAAAAAGCGCCUAUUCCCAACUCUACCUUUGCCACCGAGGCCCCUGUCCCCCUUCCUGGCCUGGCUGCCCCGCCUCCUGGCCUGGCUUCUCCGCCCCCUAGCCUGGCUGCCCCACCUCUUAGCCUGGCUGCCCCACCUUCUAGCCUGGCUGUCCCGCCCCCUGACCUGGCUGCCCCGCCUCCUGGCCAAGCUGGCCUGGCUGCCCCACCUCUUUGCCCUGCUGCCCCAGUGUGGUGUUCUGCUUCCCUGCUCGCUCCUACCUUAUCUAUUACAAUCUCUCAUGAUUCUCUUCCUUCCUUCAAGCAAUCUGAGCCACCUCAGUAUAUGGAAACUGAGGGUUGCCUUCCUGCUGACUUGAACCGUAUGGCGUUUGCUUCUCCCACGUGGUCCCAGAGCCCUUCCUUCAAGCCCCUCUCUGGUAUUGCUUUGUCUGGUGACUUGUUUGGCUCCCAACCUCCCAAGGUCUGCCAGAGCAGUCCUUUUGUUGGUGCUCCCAUCCAACUGGACUCUUCCCAUCAGCCACAUAGUUUUUUCUCUCGUUCUAGAGCUCCUGCUCCCACCAAGGGUUUUGGUUCUUAUCAUCUCUCUGCUUCAUCUGCUAUUCAUUUUCAAAAUUCCCAGCCAGUCAGUUUACCCAAGCUCAUGCAUAGUAGGCCAGGGCCUUUGCCACCAAAUAUUUAUGCUGGAACUACAUACUGGGAUUCUCUCCAAGAAAAUCCUGGGUUUGGCUCUAGCGCUGGAAGUUGUUUUCAAACACAACCUAAUGCCCUAUCAGUGUCAUUUCCAAGUACCAAAGACCUUGUACUAGGAGAUAUGGAAGAUCAGGUCAGCAAACAAAGUUGGGGGAAUGCUGUGCCUUGGACUGAAGUUUUUGGUCUACAAACUGAGGGUGGCUUCUGGAAACUCACACCAGAACUAGGAUUUAUAUUAAAUCUUAAUAUAGAUGCUUUACAGAGCUUUCUUGAAGAGAAAGGCAUUCAAUCUCUAGGUAUAAAAGGAAGAGAACGUCUCCUGGACCUAAUUGCCACAUUGCUAGUACUACAGUUUCUUCGCACCAGGUUGGAACAAGAGGGAAUAGUCUUCAAAUCACUGAUGAAAUUGGAUGACACUUCUAUUUCCAGGAAUAGUCCCUGGGAUUUUGAGGCAAUAAAGAAAGCAAAUGAAUGGGUAAGAAGAACCGAGGGACAGUAUCCAUCUAUCUGCCCACGGCUUGAAUUGGGUAAAGACUGGGACUCUGCCACUAAGAAACUGCUGGGACUUCAGCCCCUAAACACUGCUUCUCCUCUUUACAGAGUCCUUCAUUACAGUCAAGGAUGAAUCAAAUGAAAUUAAAUUUUCAACUUUUUUCAUGCUUCCGUGUGGAAGAUAAUGAAGCGUAUUAAAUAUCAUGAAAUUGAAUUAUGAUUUUAUUUAGUGUAGCAAUCAUCCUUUUAAAAUAAGAAGCAGCAGAAUGGAUCGUUUUAACCAGCCAACAAACAAUAAUAAAAUGAAAAUAAAAUGUG